AUGAUCUGUCGCUUUAGUGAACACCAGCCAGUGUGGGACGAAGAGAUACGCGAUGACGUGUUGGAAGCAUUGGCUCCCCACGGAGGGGCAGUGCACCUGUAUAUAGACAGACAGAACCCCCUCGGAAACAUUUACAUCAAGGCCCCUGAGCUGAAGAACGCAGAGAGUGCAAUCAAGAGCCUCAAUGGAAGAUACUUCCCAGGAAGGCAGGUCAAAGCUGCAUAUAUUCCACUCGCCAACUACAGUAAAAUAUUCCCGCAAUCAGUCAAUGCCACAGACACACUACUCAUCAAGAGGAGUUCGAGCUUCCGCUGAGAGAGGAAGUUGAUCCAGAUCCAUUGAAUGAGAAAUUUUCAACUAGAUUGAUAGAUAUAAUUUUACUGCAGUGUCUGUUUUGUUAUCUUCAUUUAAAAAUACUA